AUGCGACAAUUCUUGGAAGGAAAUUCGCCUUGUAUUCUUUCUGUGCAUAAUAAUCAGAUUUUUGGACAACAAUAUCUUACACUUAUAUUUGCAGUUACUGUUUCUCAUCGAUACAUCCUUAAACGUGCUGAGCUUGUUGCAGUAACUUCUAGCUCUUAUCAUCAGCUCAAGUUAAUAUUCGAUCGUAACGAACCAAGCCCAUUCUCAACAAUAUACAUAGAUAAAAUUUUAGUAUUAGAAUUUAUCUUGACCCAAAGAUUAUUGGGGUUGGAGGUGAGGGUGGGAGUAUUACCAGGUAUUCCUAGACAUCUUGAAGCUCAUCAGUUCAAAAGGUCUCCCUUCAUCACAUCUACUUGUUCUAUAGACGCUCAUAAAUAUUUUUUCAUCCCAAGAGAUCCAGUAACGAGGGAAAUCGUUUCGGCUUACCAUUUUCAAAAUCAUUUCCAUGCGGGAUUUAUGGCAAAUGUUUACAGGAUUGGUGGAGGUUAUCCUUAUUUUGCUGAAAAAUGGUUAUGGGAGGGUAUUGUUGAUUUAUUAAAGAGGUGA